AUGCGGUCUCCAACCUGUAACUCGGGUCUUUCGGGUGCGCUAUCUGCGAGGAGUUUGGCUGUCAAAGCUCCCGUCGACAAGAUUAUCUUAUCAGCGUUCAGGACCUUUCCAUCCAAGAACUUGACGCCAGCACAAUCUCCAGCAUCAUCAAAGGUCAAAGUUGACACUUCGCUUGGAACGUACUUGACGCCCAACUCGAGAGUGGCAUCGAUCAAUGCUUUCAGUGCUUUGGCAGCUUCCGCCCUUCCGCUCUUCUCAUUCACGAAAGCCUCCCUCACCCCUUCGAAGUCGGUAUCAUCAAAGAAACAGUCGUAG